UUAGGGAGCCUGAAAAAGCAUAAAGGACUACACACAGGAGAAAAGCCUUUCCAAUGUUCCCAGUGUGGAAAGAGAUUUUCAGGAUUGCAGCACCUAAAAUCACACGAGAGGACACACACGGGGGAGAAACCACACCAUUGUGCCCUGUGUGGAAAGGAUUUUACCCAGUUAGGGAACCUAAAAAAACAUCAGAUGAAACACACAGGAGAAAAGCCUUUCCAAUGUUCCCAGUGUGGGAAAAGAUUUUCACGAUCACAGGAACUAAAAUCACAUGAGAUGACACACACAGGGGAGAAACCACACCACUGCUCCCAUUGUGGGAAAAGUUUUACCCAGCUAGGGAGCCUGAACAAACAUAAGAGAAUACACUCAGGAGAAAAGCCUUACCACUGCUCCCAGUGUGGAAAGAGUUUUACCCAGUUAGGGAACCUGAACAACCAUAAUAUAAUUCACACAGAAGAAAAGCCRUUCCAAUGUUCCCACUGUGGAAAGAGAUUUUCACGAUCACAGGACCUAAAAUCACAUGAAAGGACACACACGGGGGAGAAACCACACCACUGCUCCCAUUGUGGAAAGCGUUUUACCCAGUUAGGAAGCCUGAACAAACAUAAGAAGAGAAUACACUCUGUAGAGAAAUCUUAACAUACUUUCCAGGACAGAGGACCUGCAAUCACAUGACAGAAUAGAGAGGAUGUGUUCUGACUUAUGUUUUUGAGGUUGUUUUUAAAAGAAAUGUUGAUAUGGAAAAUGUGAUUUGGAUAUUUUUWAAAUUACAGUUAUUAAAUAGAUUAGUAGAAUGUGCAUUUCUUGAUUUUAACCUAGAAAUGUUAUGAAUUUAGUAAAAAGCAUUUAAUUAAAGCAACAUAUCUUUUAAUAUAAAUCUGAAUAUCAAUAAAAUGUGGAACGCCACUAGUGGACGUUCAUUAUAUACAUCUGUGUAUUGUUACAUGUAGGAGCAGUAUAGACCUAGAUGCUUAUUUUUGAUAUAUUUUGAUAUUAUCUGUUUAUUUGACUGAAUUAAUCAGAAAUUGCCUAAAUACAGAUGUGUAGUAGAUGUAAAGUUUGUUUUCAAUUCUCACUCAUAA